UGUACAGGUGUGUUCAGGUAAAAUGUCGACUGUGUGUCACAGGAAGUGUUCGUCUGGUCAGUGUGAGCUGCGGCAGUCAGAACGUCUGGGCUGUGGACAGUCGAGGAGUCGUUUACUUCAGAGUCGGAACCCAACCUCUGAACCCAAGCAUGAUGCUGCCGGCCUGGAUCCACAUAGAACCACCUGCACAGCCAAUAGGAGUACAGCUGGUCAGUAUUCAGACGAGUCCUAACGAUCGUCUCCUCUGGGCGUUGGACAACAGAGGAAGUGUCUUCGUAAGGACUGGACUCAGUGAUGAGAUGCCAGUGGGGACAGACUGGGAGCUGGUACCAGGUUUGGCCGUCAGUCAGCUGGUCCUCAGCUCUCGCACUGUUUGGGUUCGAUGUGUUAACGGAGAUCUGGCUCGACGCUACGGAGUCUCUGACAGGAACCCUGCAGGAGAUUACUGGAAGAAGAUCCCCGGAAAUGCCAACUGGUUAACUGUGACUCCAGAGGACGAGUUGUGGGCGGUGACUCUGAUUGGUGGAUUGUCUCGUCGCCUAACGAAGCUCCUCCCACAAACACCAUGUAGACCCGCCCCAUCGGGCCCCGCCCCCAGUGAUGAUGUUGACGACGAGUGGGAGCUCAUCUGACCAAUGACGUCACUGUGAUGUCACCAUGACACCACUUCCUGUUUACAACUUCCUCUUGAAGCAGGAUGUGGGCUGUGUGAUGUCACAGCUGGACUGAGCAGGCAGGUGACAUCAUUUCCGGUGACAUUUAACAAAAGAUGGUGGACAGAGAGAGCCCACGUGGCUGCUGGGAAAUGAAGUCAACUGAGAAUUUGUUUUAUUUUUGUUUUAACAAGAAGCACUUUAUUCUGAAGGGACAUGACUGGUUUAGAUGGGUUCAGACUGGUUUAACUAGUUAAGACUGGUUUAAACUGGUUCAGAUUUGUUUAAACUAGUUAAGACUGGUUUAAACUGGUUCAGAUUUGUUUAAACUCGUUAAGACUGGUUUAAACUGGUUCAGAUUUGUUUAAACAAGUUAAGACUGGUUUAAACUGGUUCUUAUCUGCUAACAUUUAAUCCAGUUUAAUUCCUUCUGGUUGUUGAAGAUAUUAAAGGGACAUUUCACAUUA